AUGUGCGACGACCGCUCUUGCACCCACUGCAAUGAAGAUGCAGCUUCGGACCGCUUUAACACGACUACACAACCUUCUAACACAUCCAAAGUGGCCUCAAAAUACAAUCAACCAUGCUUCGCUUCUAACUACCAAUGGCAGAAUGAAGCCGCUACUCUCAAGUCUGUACAAGACGGCAGCAACCUGGGCCCACCUCCAGAUGGAGGUAUCAAAGCUUGGCUCGUCGCAGCUGGGGCAGCUUGUAUCUUCUUCUCGGCUCUCGGAUUUGCUAAUUCCUUCGGCGUCUUCGUGGAAUACUAUCUCUCCCAUCAACUCCAAGGCCAUUCAGCAGACAAAGUGGCCUGGAUUGGAUCCGUCGCUGUUUUCACGCAAUUUGCGGCAGGCGCGGUUGGUGGCCCUCUUUUUGAUCGUUACGGUGCUUGGGUUAUUCGACCCUCUGCGGGACUUCUUGUGUUUGCCAUCAUGAUGACCAGCCUUUGUACCCAGUACUGGCAAUUCAUGUUGGCCCAGGGCAUUCUACUCGGCAUCUCCAUGGGAUUCUUGCAGUUCCCAGCAAUGGCCGCGGUCACCCAAUACUUCGACAAGAAAGCCGGCGCAGCACUGGGCCUGGUGAUCUCCGGAUCCUCCAUCGGCGGCGUUGUCAUCCCAAUCGCGCUCUCCAAAAUGCUGAACAGCACCAAUCUGGGCUUCGGAUGGUCCAUUCGCAUCAUUGGCUUCCUCCUCAUUCCGCUGCUCUCCUUCUCCUGCAUCGCUGUUCGGAGUCGCCUACCUCCUCGCAAGUCCGCUUUUCUUCUUCCCUCCGCAUUCAAGGACCGCACGUACUGCAUGGUAAUCGCGGCGCUCUUCUUCAUGUUCAUCGGAAUGUUCGCUCCACUCUUCUAUAUGCCCACCUACGCUGUUAAGCGUGGCAUGGAUGCGACGCUAGCAUCCUACCUGCUAGCCAUCGUCAACGGAGCGUCUACUUUUGGUCGAGUCGUCCCAGGAAUCCUCGCCGACAAAUUCGGACGAUUGAACGUGUUCAUGUUCGGAGGAAUAGCUUCGGGGGUGGUUGUCUGCUGCAUGAACCAAGCAGAGUCCACCGCGGCAUUGGUGGUUUACGCCGUCAUUGUCGGGUUCACCACCGGAACAAUCAUUUCCGGUGGAACGACAGCUUUCACGCUCUGCAUCAAGAGCCGACAGGAAAGUGGCACCCUCCUCGGAAUGGGAGUCGGUCUCAGCUCCAUUUCUGCUUUGAUCGGUCCUCCUGCCAAUGGAGCAUUCGUGCAACACUAUGCCAGCUUUGCCCAAAUGUCGAUCUUCAGCGGUGUGAUGUGUCUGGUUGGUGGUUUAAUUGCCUUUGCUGCGAAGUCGACUACUCCCCAUGGCCUGUUUGGGAGAACUUGA